UCUCCCGGUGCCACUAGACUCUCUUGUUCCGUCCCCUCCGCACCUCCUCCAGGUGAUGCCGUCCGGGCCGAAGCCCUUCCGGGGCCAACGGUAUCAGCGCCUGAAGCGGAGCUGCCUCCAAGCACAACACCUCUUCGAAGACCCUGAGUUCCCAGCCACAAAUGCCUCCCUCUUUUACCACCGAGACCCCCCGGAUGGGGUCUCCUGGAAGCGGCCUGGGGAGCUGUGCUCAGACCCCCAGCUCUUUGUGGACGGCAUCAGCCCCAGGGACCUACACCAGGGCAGCCUCGGGAACUGUUGGUUUGUGGCGGCUGCCUCCUGCCUGGCCAGUGAGCCCGCUGCCGUCUGGAGGAAGGUGAUCCCAAAGCCCCGUGAGCAGGACUGGGAUCCACGUCGGCCACAGAGAUACGGUGGCAUCUUCCGCUUCCGCUUCUGGCGCUGGGGGCACUGGACGGAGGUCUGCGUGGACGACCGCCUGCCCUGCCGGCAUGGGAAACUCCUUUUUUGCCGCUCCGCAGACCCCCGCGAGUUCUGGAGCGCUCUCCUGGAAAAGGCCUAUGCCAAGCUGAACGGCUGCUACGAGGCACUGGAGGGCGGCAACACGGCCGAGGCGCUGGUGGACUUCACGGGAGGCAUCUCGGAGCUGCUGACUCUGGAUGAGGGGGGCCUCAGUGGGGACCCCGAGAAGCAGAAGGAGCUCUUCCAGCAGCUGAGAAAAGCACGCUCCCGGGCGGCCCUCAUCAGCUGCUCCAUCCGGGCUUUCCCGGGCGAGGGCCCUGAAGCGCAGCUGUUGUGUGGGCUGGUCCGGGGCCAUGCCUACGGUAUCACUGCUGUCCGGAGGGUCCAGCUCCGCCGGCGCCUCUGCCACCUCUUCAAGGCCCAGACGCUGCAGCUGCUCUGCUUGCGGAACCCCUGGGGCACCAUGGAGUGGAACGGAGCCUGGAGUGACAAGUCCCCUGAAUGGCAGCAGGUGAGCCAGCGCCAGCGGCGGCGGAUGGGGGUCAUCAUUCAGGAUGAUGGGGAAUUCUGGAUGUGCUUGGAGGACUUCUGCACCCAUUUCACAGACAUUGUCAUUUGCCGGCGCAUGAACACGGCACGGUUGAGCUGCCGGCGGAGCUGGUUGGAGGGCCUGCAAUUCGGGGAGUGGGAUCCCCAGAAGGGGCGUGCAGGUGGCUGCCUGAAUCACCGAGACACCUUCCUCAAGAACCCUCAGUUUUUCUUUGAGGUGCCAAGGACUCCGGACUCAAUUCUGAUUUCGCUGCAGCAGCAGGACACACGGCAGCUGCGAGGGUCUGACUCUGGGGGGCGCAACCUCCCCGUGGGCUUCGAGCUCUUCAGGGUGGAGCAGAACCGGUGCUGGCGCCUCCACUGCAUCCCACCCCGCCUGGCCGGCUCCACCUACAUUGACUCUCGCAGCGUCUUGCUCCGGGCAGAAGUGCCAGCAGGCCGCUACGCCGUGCUGCCCACGACCUUUGACCCGGACCAGAGCGGUGCGUUCCUUUUGCGGAUCUACAGCGAGCGCCCGGCCCGGCUGCGAGCGGUCGACUGCGAAGAGCCCCCGAGCCCCCGCUGCUGUACAUGCUGCACUGCCCCCCCACAGCUCAUCACUUCCAUCUGGGUCCAACGGGCCAUGGGGUUGGCUCUUCCCAACACUGGCAAAGCCCCAGACGUCUAUGUGAAGGUGCGCUGUGAAGGGGAAGAGGUGAGCUCCGCUGUCCACAAGGCCACAUCCAACCCAGACUUCAACUUCAGGGCCAUUUUCUGCCGCCGGCGCCCACGCAGACCCAUCCACAUUGAGGUCUGGGCCAAGCGGUUCCUGCGCAGCACGCGGCUGGGACACGUCACGGUGGCAGCAGACAGCCCCACAGAGAUGGGCUGGGCAGAGAUGCUGCAGCUGCAGGGGUCUCCCCAGGCCUGCCCCGCCGGUUCCAUUCUGGUGGAGACCUCGACCAGCACUGACCUCUUGGCCCUGUGAGCUUGGCCCCCUCCGGCACAAGUGUGUGUUUGUGUGUGUGUGUGUAGGAGGAGCACCACACAAGCACGCUGGGAUUUGUGCUCUAUUCUGUGGUGAGACGUCUUCAGAAGUGCAGGUAGCAGCCCCUUGCAAUU